AUGAGAGUAGGAGAAGAACCCAUCAAUAUCCAUGGUGAUGGAAUGAUUGACAUUGAGGUAGGUGGUCAGGAGCUUGCCGGUGUAGUGGUGAUCGAAGGAGGAGUUAGGCACCAUGGCAGUGAAGGUGAGCCCGAAGGCUCCAAAGUCAACGUUGGUCCAAUUCUCGUGGGGUGCCCAAGCUGCGAGGAGGAGAGAAAGCUCCAUGGGCGAGACCCUGUGGACGUUGUUGAUUGUGGGGCCCCUCGGGGAGGCGGAGGCACCAUGGGUCGACGCCAAGGACUAUACGCCAUGGGCUCCGUGCACUGGCAAACGGGCAAGGGCGCUGAUGGCGAGGUGCCAGGGUCAUCGGGCGUCGCAGACGAGGCAUCGUGGUUGUUGGGCGUUGCAGGUGAGGCACCAUGGGUGCUGAGAGAUGGCGACUUUGCUGCUUGGAUGCAAGUAAUGGAGCCUGCGAGUAGCCUCGCCAGAUACUGGGCAUGGCCAGGCACGCACACUAGUGGCGUUGCCCAGCUCUGGGCGUGGCCAGACGAGUGUGCAAGCGGCUCUGUCAAGGCUUGGGUGUGA